CACACUCAUCUGCUGCUGCAGUCUGCUGCGCUUUCACACAGCUCAAAUGGGCGCCUGCCUCCCAGGCAUCAUGGACAGGGAAGGGGUUCUGGUUCAGUCCAUUUACUUUGGCAGGAUUGGAAGUGAAGCCACGGAGAGGCUGCUGGAGAGGUUUGGACACGACGGCAGCUUUCUGCUAAGAGACAGCGAGACGGUUCAGGGGGCCUUCUGUCUGUGUGUGAGGAAAACACCGUUCGUGCACACCUACAGGCUCGUACACUCCGCCGACGGCUGGUGUCUCCAGGAUUUGAGAGUCAGACCACAAAAAUUUAGGACCCUGGAAACACUGAUACAGACCUACAGAAGAUCUACCGCCUCUGAUGUUGGUAUCGUCCCCUUCACAGACCCACUGGACAAAACACAACUACAGAACAACCCGGAGUUUGUCUACAUGGAGUUGAGCAGCGGCAGCAGCAGCUCUGUGUGCUGAUUUCUUCCCAUCUUCAGACUGAUGCUGUUAAUCAGACAGGAAAGAGGACAACAGAAUCAUGCAGACACUGUCUAGCAACUUCCGGAGACUUCAAAGUCAUUGAAAAAUGUUUAAAUUUAGCUUAGGUGAGAGUUUCUUAGUUAAUGCUGUGUAAAUAUAACGCACACUAUUUCUGGUUUUAUUUUCAGCAGACUUCUAUAUGUGAUCCGUUACUGUCUUUAUUUGUUCGUGACGACGACUGCACCAGCACCAACACCUUCCUUUCUUAGAAGCUCAGUCUGAGUCUUGUGCAUAAUAACUGUGUGUGUUCUGAUGUUUCACCAUAUUUGGGUCAAGACAGCUGAUGUUUGGGGUUUUUAUGUCAUUAUGGGGAAGUCACUGUUGUGUAGAGGCUGUGUGGUUUAUCUGUAUGUUUUGACACCAUGAACCAAAAUGGCCUCAGGCUGUAACAACACAGAACAUGUAGCAUCACAGAGAAGGCAGAUCAUUCAAACUACUGUGGCCAAACUUCUUUCACCAAUUCAACUUUAUUAAUUCAUUUUUCCAAGACAUGUCUCUUCUGAGACUGACGAUAUCAAAUCUACACGAUGAUGUUCAGAUCUGUCCAUGAACUCAAAUCUCUGGUAUCAACUGUGAAAGAAUAAAAGAUAAAGGUUGAAGUAA